AUGUCCGACUACGCAUCAUCCAGAGACUCCAGCCCCUGCCGCUCAGUGCGCAGCGCUUGCUCAGACAUCGUUGACACCCCCGACACCGCGCGGUCGGUCCUGUUCGAUGACCGCCUCGACGAGGAGUGGCAAGCUGACCCCGAGUACAUCCUGGUCGUCGGAGGGCUUGGAUACAUUGGAAGCCACACCUGCUUAGAGCUGUUGAAGGCCGGACAGAACGUCCUGAUCAUCGACAACCUGAGCAACUCCUACAACAGCGUGUUCGAGCGCAUCUCCUCGCUCGCAAACAAAUACCACGAGGAGCGAUGCCAGACCACCCCCCUGAUGCGAUUGUGCGAAGCCGACUACCGCAACGAGACCGCCAUCACCGACAUCCUCGGCGAAUACGUCAAGCCAAAUGGACCCAACGGCACCUACAUCGAGGGUGCCCCCAUGCAAUCCUCGAUCAAGGGCGUUAUCCACUUUGCCGCGUACAAAUCUGUCUCCGAGAGCAUCACCAACCCCCUGAAGUACUACUCCAACAACGUAGCUGGCCUCGUUGGCUUCUGCUCGGUGUUGAGCGACUUCAACAUCAAGACGCUCGUCUUCUCCUCUUCCGCGACCGUAUACGGCACCGUCGCCAACUCGGGUCGGCCCCUGCGCGAGGAGGACUGCACCCACCAGGCCGAGACCUUCGUCGACCAGGACGGCGCCGCCCGGACCACAGAAGGCGGGUGCACGGGCUUGACCAACCCAUACGGACGCAGCAAGUGGAUGUGCGAGGCGAUCCUCUCCGACCUGGCGCUAGCCGACCCCGACUGGACCAUUCUAGCUCUUCGCUACUUCAACCCCGUCGGCUGCGACGAGUCGGGCCUGCUGGGCGAAGACCCUCGCGGCGUUCCCACGAACCUCAUGCCCGUCGCCGUGCGAGUCAUGACGGGCGCCUCGGCUGAGCUGAAUGUGUUUGGCACGGACUACCCCACCCCGGACGGUACCGCGGUGCGCGACUUCAUCCACGUCACGGAUCUGGCCAACGGCCACGUAGCCGCGCUCUCUUCCGCCGCAGCGGGCCGCGUCUCCCGGGGCUUCCGCACGUACAACCUGGGCUCCGGCACCGGAUGCUCCGUAUACGAGGUCGUCGGCGCCUUGCAGGCCGCGUCGAAGAAGACAAUCCCCUUGAAGGUGUCGCCGCGCCGCGAGGGCGACGUGGGCAGCUGUGUCGCGAUGCCGUUGAGAGCGGAGCUCGAGCUGAACUGGAAGACGAAGAAGACGCUCACCACCUGCUGCAGGGACAUAAUGAAUUUCUUGGAUCUUUCAAAGGACGCGCCGGUGAUGGCUUAA